UCCUAGCAGCCCUUGAUUGAGUUGUAACUUUUGGCUUUUCCCAGGCGUCCGGCUUGUUUCACUAGUCCCAUUUUGACAGGGCUAUCUAUACUUCUCGCUCAGGAAAUCCCAGCAAAUCAAUACCAAAAUGGUGAUCAACAUAAUUUAUGGUGCGCUGGAAGCCAUCUCGAAUGCAGUCUACACAACAGUGGCCACUGUUUGGCACAUUGAACAGGCCGUGAUCAACCUGAUGAUGUCCACAUUUCUGUUCAUACUGGGCUUGGUCUGCCACCCGAUUAUGGUGAUUCCAAUGCUGCUGGGCUGCUACUAUAUUUUGCGCAACUUUUGGUUCCGCCGCACAAGGAUGCCGACCACCAGGCUGGAGAGCUCGUUGGAUGGAGGCGAUGGCGAACCGAGGGCUGGGUUCCGCUAUCGCAGCUUCAAAAACCACUCCAAUCUUGCAAAUGACUCACCCAAGGAAAACUGACCAACUACUACUAUAAACUAUAAACAACACGACACGACGAACACAUGAUUCUUUUCGGCUUAUUACCUUAAAAUACGCAGAUGUUGGCAAAUACACGUGCGGAUGUUAGUGCUCUUAAAA